GUUCGAGUCUCGCAGUAAGCUCUUCAAGCUGCCAUGAGCGCGGCAUGCUGGCGCAACUUCAUAGCAACAGGCCUGCCGAGCUCUUUGUCUUUGCUGACGCUUUUGGAAGAUGCCGAGGCCCGGCGCUUCUUGCUUCUGAGCGCGGCCUUUGUUAGCAUCAUGCAGAUCAGCGCGAUCAUCGAGGAGUAUAUUUACGUGGAACUGCCAGGCUUCGAUGGCUUCUACUGGACCGUGGCAUUGGUGGAGCUGGCCAUUUUCGCGAUCUCUGCUUGGCUGGCACGGUGGAAGGAGUUUGGCCUUUUCGGUGCCCUACGACAACCAGUCGUGGCGCCUAUGAGGCUUUACGUGGCCAUGGCUGUGCUACUGGGCCUAUCGCAGGGUCUGGGAAAGGUCACCUUCAGGUACAUGAACUACGCCACGAAUACCAUCAUUAAGAGUGCCAAGCUGGUGCCCACUCUGCUCAUCUCGGUGCUUUGGUUGAGACGAAAGAUCUCCCUGCCUGAAUGGGCAGCUGCAGUGCUGCUGGUUACAUCCACUGCGCUCUUCUCCCUUGGGGAGAAGGCAGCGACACCGAGUUUCAAUCCGGCAGGCUUGGGUAUUGCUGCCGUGCAGCUGCUGUUUGCAGCUUUGCAAGGCAACCUGCAGGAAAAGGCUCUCAAAGAUCAUGGAGCCCCUAUCAGCGAGGCCCUCGCCUACAGCAACCUUAUGGGUGUUUUUGUGGUUAUGGUGGGCGUGCAGGUGUCCGGCGAGAUGGGUCCAGCCUUGUCCUUCUUCGGUAGCUCCCCGUUGGCGCUGGGCCUCUUGCUCCUCCGCUCCUGUACCUUUUUCCUCGGAGCGCUUGCUCUGAUAGCUCUUACAAAGGAGUAUGGAACCGGAGCGGCCACGGCUGUCGGCACAGCCCGCAAGUCGCUCACUGUGCUUCUAUCCUUCCUCAUUUUUCCGAAGCCAUUUCAUGUGAAUUAUGUCCUGGGCACGCUUGCAUUUGUCCUUGCAGACAUCAUCUAUCUUCAGGUGAGUUCUGCUCGAGCAGCUGCGCGCAGCAAGGUCUCAGCUGAUGUGGAGCCCAACGAUCUUGGUCUACCCAGGCCUGGGAAGGACAAGGAGAACUAUGCCAAGGAUGAUGUCUGAUCGCUUUGUGUGCUCUCGGCCUAAGGCUCGAGGCACUGUCUGAAGCCAAAAGUUGUAUCAGACAGUCAAGCCACUUUGGAUUUGCCACAGUUGUGUAACCACCGCCGCAAUGCCUUUGUACAGUGCUCAUUGCACUGUUCUGCAUUCAAUCAUGUUGGGUGGUCUCACCAAGUUCAUCCGAAUAGGUUGGGCAUCCAAGUGGCUGCGAUGGACAUCGCGUUGUGAUAUUCUUUCACACCCUGUAACUCUGCAUUCGGGGGAGGCGGCGCAAAUGCUUGGCGAGAAAAAGCUUCUUCAUGCCAGCACUAAGCCCAGCUGUUCUUAGCUUGCCAGCAUUGCUCGAGCUUCUCAAGAACAGAAGAAGCGC